AUGCCACCGAAGAAAGAUGCAUUCGCCGACUUGUUCCUGAGCGCUAGUGGGUCGAAACCUAAGGCAUCCAUGAACCAACAGCAAGCCCAUAGACAAAAUUCACCAUUGAAUGGCCAAAAUGGUAGCAAUGGUAUUGGUAACGGUGGUAGUAACAUGUGGGGUGGUUUGGACAUGCUUGGGCUGAAAAACACCUCGCUGACCUCAAUUACCAAUCACAAUUCAUCUAGCUUUCUGACACCUCGUCAAUCUUCGCCCUUGCCUCAUUUGGUUCCACAGCAGAAACAGCAACUGGCAGCUGUACAAACUAAGACUAGCGAUCUCUGGGAUGACUUUCUCACUAACGACCGACCUGCCGCUCCACAAAAUGCUCCUGCUUCUCGCCCAACGUCACACUCAAAUUCUGUAAACAGUACCUCCUUAAACUUGUUGGAUGAUGAUUUUACUGAUGCCUACGUGGAGGUUCCCAAAGCUGCCAAGAAGCAACAGGAGCCAGCGGUAAGACCGUCAUCCAGGCCAGCAAAUGACUCUGCUUCAUUUGCCUCACCCUCACCUCAAUCAAAUACAUCGCCGGCGUUAUCGAAACAGUCAACCUCAAGUAACCGUGACAGAGUGCUAGCAGAACUUAUAGAUAUUGGCUUUCCCGUGGAUGUUUCCAACAGGGCUAUUGAUAAUGUUGGGCCAGACGUCCAAAAAUGUGUAAAUUUCAUUAUGGGAGGUGGUGAACCAAAGACUAAUUCGGGGAGUCGUCAGGAUACAGGUUCUGUGUCUCCUAUGAACUUUGAAGCAAUAUCGUCUGAUUUAUUUUCCAAAGCAUCAUCUUUUCUUUCUAAGGGGAGGGAAACUGUUUUGAAGAACAUCGAACAAUUUCAGCAACCCAAGGGAGAUACUAGCCGCCCUGCUUGGAUGAAGAAUAGUGAAAGGUAUAAGGAAUGGUUGGUAAACGGAGAAGAAGAUUUAGGAGAACGAGAAAGGUUGGAGAAGGUAAAGCCUUCCAGACGUACAAGAGAGGAAUUGACUACUCCAGAUCUACCAAGAAGACCAACGAGGCAACUGAGCAGUAAAGUUUCAGCUCCUACACUGAGAAUUCAAUCUCCAAUCAAGGCUCCUACUCCAUCUGUAAGUGGAUCUUCUAGAAGCUCUUUCAAUUCACCACCCGUUUCCGAGCAGGCAAGGCCAAAUACUUCAAACACUCCAGCUAUUACUUCGCCAUCACCACCAGUUGAAGAAUUUGAUCUUUUGGGCUUUAAUGAAGGCUCUAGUCAAAAUCAGAACCAGAGACUUGAUCAAUUCUUACAAGUGGAUUACGACAAAUUUAAGAAGUUAGCAACAUCUUCAUUUACUAAUGGGGAUUACGACGUAGCAUUAACGAACUAUAGAAAGUGUUUGGACAUCUUACCUUCUGAAUUUGACGAAAGAAUUGUUAUUUUCAGUAAUUUAGCUGUUACCUUGACGAAGAUUGGAAACUACAAACAAGCAAGGACAUACUGUGAAAGUGGAUUGACAAUGAUACCGGAUUCUAGAAUCGCAGAUCUUCAAUGGAAAAUAUAUGAUAAGCCUAUCAAAACUUGGUAUUUAAAACUUUUACUGAGGAAAGCCGAGAGUUUAGAGCAGCUAGAACUAUACCCUGAAGCUUUGAAAAGUUAUCUUGAUUUGAUAAAAUUAGGGAUGAAUGAUAGGAAGAUUAUGGACGGUAAGAGGAGGGUCGAUAAUAUUGUGAAUCCAAAGAAGAAUCCACCUACUCAAGCACCUUCUGCACCAAAGGUCACAAGAGCCACUGCUCCUUCUGUGAAUGCAAAGAAAGUCUCCGAACAAUUCGAUAAGCAAAAGAAGGAAGAAGAUGAAAAGUUCAAGUUGCAUGACGAAAUACACGGCUUAAUUACUCAAUGGAGCAGUGGAAAAGAAGACAACCUCAGGACAUUAUUGGUUGGAUUGCCCGACGUGGUUCCCAACCACUUGAAUUUCAAUUUUAUUAAUAAAAGAAUAACUAUUAAUGAUAUUAUGUUACCAAAGAAGGUGAAGAUUAAUUAUAUGAAGGUUAUCAGUUCAAUUCACCCAGAUAAGUUAGGGAAUUUAGAACUCCGGGAUAAAAUGAUCUGUCAAGGAGUCUUUAUUGUUUUAAAUAAAGCGUGGGAUUCAUUCAGAGAAAAGGAAUUAUAA